GCGAGUAAGGUAAGAUCAGUAUGUGGAUUGUAAACAUACACGUCUCAUUUAUUUAGCCUACAAUAAAUUUCACUAAAACGCAAAGCACUGAUUGCGAUGGUCAGAAUUCUAAGUAAUGGAGACAUAGUACCAGAUGAUGACCCCAGGGCCCAACAGGCAGCCGGAAACAGGGGAAGUAACUCCCCAAGGCCACGGCAGGGUUUUGUGCAACAUGAUAGUGAUCAGCAGCCUGGAGCAGGAAGAGGAUUUCUGGGUCAAGGUGACGGACAAGUUUCAGUGUUCACACUAAUUAACCAAAAACUCCUAGACCUGGGAAUACCCCGUUUCAGUGUAGGACCCUAUGUGGUAGAGCCUAUUGCUACAGUGGGGAUGAUUCUUGCUACUCUCUUGUUUGGACUCCCUGGACUUUUGUUUGGAGCAGUUCUGUUUCUUGUCGUAAUGUCUAGUCAGGCCACUGGCCAGGCAGGAGGUCAGAGGAGGGCAGCUGGUGGCGGGGGGCAUAGACUGGGAUAAAUCGGAAUUAUAUAUACAUGUACAUGUAUACUGUAGAUCACUUUAAUUUUCCAACACCUUAUUUUAGCAGGAAAGGCAUUUUGUAUUCAUAAGGAAGACAACAUUUUUGAUAAUUUUUGUAUAUAAUAUGUACUAUUCAAAAUAUACGAAAGAAUAACAUUUUUGCAAGCAGAUCUUCUUGCUUAAUCAUGCUAAAAUAAAGUCUUUUGGCAUAAAAAGUGAUGUAUAGUACUGUUAGCCAUUAAACACCUUGUACGAGAGUCAUAUAUUCUCUGUUAACAAUCAUUUGCAAGAUUUCUAUGUACAAAGUCAAUACUUUGAAAGAAUAGCAAGAAUGAAAUUAAGUAUGUAUGGCAUGAAAUUGAACAUUCCUACAACAAAGCUGUGAGUGAUGCAGCUGGUUAAAUAAAGCAAAUACAUUGUAUGUGACUGUUAUUUUUACAUGUUAGAGACAGUUAAACUGUAAUAAAGCUGUAAUAUCUCAUAUGUUAACAGUUUAAAUUUCCUUGACUCACAAUUCGUUUUAGCUGUGUGAAAAUGUCUGAAGAAUUUGUUUAUACACAUGUAUUAUGACAUCAUUGCACUCAGGGAAGCUCUAAGCCAGGGAAAUACUGGAAAGGGGAGGGGACUGUGUUAGAGGAAAUCAAAUCAUAAAAGAUAUGCAUGUAUUAUCAAUGCAGUUAACAGAUUUUUUCCUUUGGAAAAAAGUUAAAAGUAACUGAAUGUGAAUGAAAGAAAUGCUUGCUUGUUGAACACACAGUGUACUACAAAUAAUGCAUGAAUAUUGUAUCUUGGCCCCACAUUAUGCUAAUAUAAUAAACAAAAAUCUAUACAGUAAA